CCGUGUUUCGCCUUUUCGGUUAUGAUUGAGGCUCAGUGUUCCAGUUGAUAUCUGUGAAAUGAUGAAUCUGAUAUAUUUGGUUGAUGAAUCAGUACUGUGCAAUGGAUUUUUCGCUAAAGAAAACAUUCAAAUCCCAUGGCUCGAGCAAACACAUGAGGAAGAUAUCUGCCGGAUCAGUAGAAGACACCAGUCACGAGGAGCUUCCGAUUCUAAAUGAUCACCACACCCGGGCAGCCACCACCUCCGAUUUGCCGGACCACCGCAAAGAGGUCAUUGUCAAGAUCGACGAGGGCAGUUCCUCAGUAGUAUCCGACAGCGCCAGGGAAGUGGACCCCACUAAACAUCACGUCGGGAAAAUUUGGGGGGAAAACAGUAUAGAUCUCUGGACGGAGGACGAGAGGAGCAACACCGCCGCCGGAAGCGGUGGAUUUCAGUUCGCGCAGAAAGGGAGGCAAACUGCGACGCCGGAGGAGGAUCCGCCGACGAAGCUGAUAGGGCAGUUCCUUAAUAAGCAGAGAGGGGGAGGCGGUGGCGGCGAUGUGUCGUUGGACAUGGAUUUGGAGAUGGACGAGUUACAGAAACCGCCGCUGGCGGAGUCGCCGAGGAUAUCACAGACGUCAAGGGAGCUAAAAGUGUCGUUUCAGUCGCCGGCACCGUCGGACCUCCCUGAUAUGCCGAACGAUUCGGUUAGGAGACGAAACCGGGACUCGGUAGUUGAGGACGAACGACGUCGUAGCGACAGGUUGAGCAGCGGCGGCGCUGACGUCCUUAAGUGCACGUCAAACAAGUCGUUCCGGCGAGAGAUGUCAUUUCAGAACAACAACAAGUCUGAUUUGUUGAGGAUGAAGACUAAGUCUAGAUUGAUGGACCCACCUGAAGGAUGGGACGACGGCCGUGUCCCGAAAUCGGGUCCGAUGAGAUCGGGCAUGUUAGGCAAAGGCGGCGGUGACGACGACGACGAUGAUCCUUUUCUGGAGGAGGAUUUACCUGAUGAGUACAAGAAUGUAAACUUUAAUGCAUUGACAUUUCUACAAUGGCUUAGUUUGGUUUUGAUCAUAGCUGCCUUGGUAUGCUCGCUUUGUAUUAGGGUUUUGAGGCAGAUGUAUUUGUGGAAAUUGAAGCUGUGGAAAUGGGAGGUGCUGAUUUUGGUGUCAAUUUGUGGGAGGCUGGUUUCGGGUUGGGUGAUAAAGAUCAUGGUGUUCUUCGUUGAAAGGAAUUUCUUGCUGCGCAAGAGGGUGUUGUAUUUUGUGUAUGGGAUCAGAAAGCCUGUGCAGAACUGUAUUUGGCUUGGGUUUGUUUUGUUAGCUUGGCAUUUUAUGUUAAUCAGGAAGGUUGAGGAGGAAACCAAUAACAAAACCCUUGAGUAUGUGACUAAAGGGUUGCUUUGUCUAUUGAUUGGGGUUUUGCUUUGGUUGGUGAAGACAUUGGUUGUCAAGGUGCUGGCUUCUUCUUUCCACGUUAGAUCCUACUUUGAUCGGAUUCAGGACGCGCUGUUUAAUCAGUAUGUGAUCCAAACUCUCUCUGGGCGGCCAUUGAUUGAGGUACAGAAUGCGGAGGAUGAAGAAGAGAGGUUUGCCGAUGAGGUAAGGAAGCUACAAAGUGCUGCUGGGGUGACUAUGUCUUCUGACCUCAGAUCAAAUGCAUUUCCAUCUGCGAGAAUUGGGAGGGCAGUUGGGAGUGGCUCUGGGAGGAGCGGGCCGUUGAUUGCUGCAAGUGGGGGACUUGCAGCGAAAAGUAGCAAAUUUCCGAGGCCAACAAUGUCCAAGAAAUCGGAGGAGGCUUCAAUCACCAUAGAUCACUUGCAUAGGCUCAAUCCAAGGAAUGUGUCGGCUUGGAAUAUGAAGAGACUAAUGAACAUUGUUAGAAAAGGGCAUCUUACGACACUUGAUGAGCAAAUUCUGGAUACCACAGAGCCAGAUGAAGGUGAUACUAAGAUCAAAAGUGAAGUUGAGGCAAAGGCUGCAGCUAAACAGAUAUUUCGCAAUGUGGCUCGGCCUGGCUCCAAGUACAUAUGCAUGGAGGAUUUGUUGCGUUUCAUGGGAGAAGAGGAGGCUUUGAAGACCAUGAGUCUCUUUGAAGGCUCCUCUGAGACGAGGAGAAUCCGCAAAACUUCCUUGAAAAAUUGGGUGGUCAACUGCUUCAGAGAACGGAGGGCACUUGCUUUGACACUGAAUGACACCAAAACAGCAGUGAACAGACUUCGAAUCGUGGUGGACGUACUUGUUGGCAUUGUCAUUGUAAUCAUCUGGCUUCUUGUGCUGAAUAUUGUCACCAGCGAGAAUAUUGUUUUUGCUACUUCUCAGCUUGUGGUUGUGGCCUUUGUUUUUGGUAAUACUUGCAAGACAAUUUUUGAAGCAGUCAUAUUUUUAUUCGUGAUUCACCCCUUUGAUGUGGGCGAUCGAUGUGAAAUUGAUGGUGUGCAGAUGAUUGUAGAAGAAAUGAACAUCUUGACUACAGUUUUUCUAAGGUAUGAUAACAUGAGAAUCGUGUACCCAAACAGUACCCUUUCAACGAAGCCCAUCAUUAACUACUAUCGUAGUCCGGACACAGGAGAUGCUGUUGAGUUCUCUGUCCAUGUGUCUACUCCAGCAGAUAAGAUUGCUGCUAUGAAACAGAGAAUGAUAAGUUACAUUGUAAAUAAGAAGGAGCACUGGUACGCUGAUCCAAUGAUUGUUCUGAAGGAUGUAGAAGACUUAAAAAGUAUGAAGUUUGCACUGUGGAUUACACAUAAAAUGAACUUCCAAGAUGUGGGAGAAAAGUGGGAAAGAAGAGCUCUUCUACUUGAAGAGAUGGUCAGGAUCUUCCAGGAGCUGGACAUCCAGUAUCGCCUGCUGCCUAUCGACAUAAAUGUCCGCGGCAUGCCUCCCACACCCACCACUGGUCUGCCUCCCUCAAAUUUCUCAGCAACCACGAGCUAAAUGAAAGAUGCAAGGGAAUUCGGAAGUCUGACCUCGCCAAUGAGGAUGUAAUAAUCUAUACUAGAGUGUAGGACCACUUGCUGAAUUGUAGAACCAAAGAGAAAUGACUAAGGGGGUGUAUUCAACUCUGAUUUCAAAUGAUUUUGAUUGAUUUAUUAUAAUCAACGGAUUCUGAAAAUCCAUAGAUUAUUUCAACUCCACAUAGAUUCAGCCAGAUUUCAUUGUAUUGUAUUGACCAGAUUUGUCUUGAUUUG